AAUAAGUUUCAAACAGUGCAAGAAGGUAUAUCAGCUAGUAUUAGAGGAUUGACAGUAGUUGAAAAUCCAAAGCAAAAAAAGUCGAAUAAUGUCAGAAAUGUUAAUUACAAUGCAGGAGCUGAUAUUUUGCAUACAUUUCAAUUACAAUGGAAUGAACUACAUGAACUUGCAGAAGAAAACGCAGGAAAGGCUCAAGAGGCUGAUAAUCUUAUAGGAACAAUUUACGAGAAACUUGAACAUGAGUGGAAAAGUAUUACGCAUUUAAAUAGUACCUUGGCUCACAUUCCAAAAAUCAACAAUGCAAUACAAGAUCUUAUGGACCAAAUAGGGACGUUACAAGAAAUGUUUGAAGAAGUAGAAACAGCAUUGUACAAAUUGGAAGAUUUGAAUGAGAUGUUGGAAUUACAAAAUAGACAAUUGGAUCAUAGAUUUCAAUUAGCUUUAUAUAAAGAGAAAAAGCUUGCAGAAUUAAAUGUCAUUAAAGAGAAAUUAGCCAAUGAACAUUCUGAAAGAGUAUCCAAGUAUGAACUUAAGCAACAGAAAAUGAUGAAAGAAAGAAGAGAAACUUUUGACGAGGUUUUCAAAGAAGAAGUUAGAGAAUAUAAGGCAACAGGAUCUAUACCAAAGUUACCAAUAACACAACAAGGGCCUUCGUUGGAUGAGGUACUAGAUGAGGUUUUAGAUGAAGAUGCAGCAGUAUUUGAUGAAUUCUUAAAGAAUUAAAAAUCUGCUUCGUUCACAUUUUUCGGCUCACUUGAGUUAACAAUUUUCUUACGUAAAGAAUGUGUAUAAACUUGAGAAAUUUAUAAAUAGUUACGUCACGUAUAA